AUGUUUGCCACUCUCCCAGACUUCACCCCGCGAAAUUCGCACGCGCUGUGGUACACAUCCUCGAGAACGCCUGCCCCGACCCAAUGGCUGCACGAUGCGCACCACACCGACCACGCGAACAAUCACCAAGCCCAGAAUCGCCCGGCCUCGCGUGCACACGGUCACGGUCAUCAUCAUGGUCACGGUAACGUUCUUGAGCGGACGACGCUGGCCCGCCUGGCCGCCGAUGAGCAGCACAUGCAUCGCCGCAGGUUGAACAUCCAGAACUUUGGCAGCGGGUGGCUGAAGCCGCCUGGCAUACCCAAGACCCUGCACCAGAUGCGCGAGGAGAAGCGUGAGCAAGAGGAGCACCAAGAGGCCCUCCGCCGCGAACAGCUGGCGCAAGAGCUGGCCGAUGCCGAAGCCGCCGGAAUGCCCGAGGAGAGUAUGAUGGACGACGUGCAGCUGGAUGCCGCCCAGGACCUGGACGACGAGAUUCCGGAUGCUGACGAGCAUCACUUUGCCAUGGGCAGCGAUGAUGACGAUGACGACGACGAUGAUGAUGAUGAUGAUGACGACGACGGCGCAGAGGGGAGCGAGGACGGGGGGCAGCACGAGGACAUGGACGACGAGACGCUGCGGGAAGAGAGACGGCACGACCUCAUGGCUGCGCGGAUGCGAAUGGCCGACGACGCCUUUCGCGAAGCCCUCGUCCGCGGCGACCCUGACGGUGACGACAUGUACGGCGGCGAGGAGGAGCUCGAGGAGGAAUCCCAGGGCCACAUGCUCGACGAGGACGACUUCGCCGCCAUGGGUCCCGGCAUGGACGCCGACCUCGACGACGACAUCCCCGAGGCCGAGAGCGGAGGUUAUGAGCACACCGACUCCGAGGCCGACUUUAGCAGCAGCAGCGCCGAGGUCGCGAGUGUCGGCGACGAGGAGGAGCGGGACGACGAGGCCGUGGACGACGACCACAUCGGCUUCGCGCCGAGGACGGCCCCCCUCGGGCCGCCGCAGUCUCCGACUCUGCAGGGCAGGCACAGGAGGAUGAGCUCCUCGGCGCCGCGCAUGAGCCUGGACCUGAGCAACAUCCUAUCCCAGGACGGGAGCAGUUUCAUGGAGAGCAGUCCUGCGCCGGGUGGGCGGUCGCGCCACGGCUGA